AUGCCGGCAAGGCUGAGGCUGUUUAUAUUUCCGUUGAAUGCCAACCCACCGCCGUCCGUGAGUAGUUUUGAGUCGGAUGAUUCCAAGGCUGAGAGGCAGUGGUUUGUUGAUGCGUUGAAUGCUGCGCAGAUUAAUCAGAAUUUGGAGGGCUCUUCUCCGCAGUCUGUGGCGGUUUCUGGGGUGGAGGAGCCGGCGAGGAGCCCUGAUUUUUUGUUUGGUUUGGAAAAGGGUCAUCCCACGCCGGCGAAGUUGCAGGAUCCUCCGCCAGUGGCCCCUACGGUUAUGGUUCGGCAGGUGAUAGGCGAGCCCGUGGUUCCUCCGGCGGCGGAGAUUCAACGGCAGAUGCAUGAGUUGCAGAAGAUGCAAAUUUCAGGCCAUGAUCAAGAUAUGUACAGGAGGAAAGUCGAUGAGUUUUACCAGCAAAAACCUCCACCCCAGGCUCCUCAGGCGGAGCAGGUUGCGCCGGUGACAACUCCGGCGACGUAUUGGCAGGAAAGACAAGGGCCUUUUCCAGCUGGGGUUGGAGUUGGAGUUGGAGUUGGGGUUGGGGGAACCGAGCCUCCUCCUAUGUACCUAAUUCAAACUCCGGCGGUGAUUAAAUGA